AUGGCGAUGGUCGAUGAAUCAUCCUCGCAAGCCCCUCAGCCGUGCAUUGCCGCUUACAGCGGGUUCAGCAAAUCUUUGCGGACAGUCACAGAAGACACAAUGAGUCUGGAUGAGGACGAAAACCUGCCAGGCGUUUCGCAACACACAGAAUUGUGUGCUAGCAGUAAUGAGGACGACGACACAUGUUCAAUUGCCACUCAUGAAGACGAUAUAUACGAUGAUAUCCAUGAUAGUGCUAGAACAAGAACUAGAAGUAGAACUAGGCGAAUUGCAUUUGCACCCAUGGCCACAAGACACCCCAUCAUUUCAAGAGCCGAGUACUCACGAGAUGAAGUGGAGGAAUCCUGGUGGACCCCAAAACAACGGGAGGUCCUGAAUAAGGCACACAACAAAACUGUAGAUCGAUUAGAGACAGGCCUUAAAGAGAAGAAAUCCGCUCCUUAUCGAGGGCUGGAAAAGAUUGCCAUCGAUGGGUAUCACCGAAUGGUGGAAGCCAAAAAUAUGUAUGUUGAUACAGUCAUGGACGAGCAACAACGCCAAUGGAAUGCAGGUGACCUGGACUUGGACUGGGAAGUCAUCGCCAACCUUACCCAUCAAAUUUCGAGAAGAAGUACGCAGGAAGCCCUCAUGUACGCUUUGUACGAUGAAAAUGAGGCUCGAGAAGCCUAUCAAACCAUAAAGGUCAAGGACCUGUUCGAAAUGUCCAUUUCCGAUAUUGGUGUCGAUAUCUCUGAACGCACUGAUCGGUCUGAAAUGGACUACCUAGAAGGAUCUGCCCUGCUCGACAAUGACCUCGACUACCACUCGGACGAAGACGUGGGCAAGCUGAAACGGCAAGAGUCAUCCAUUCGAAUCACCAAGGAGCGAGGUCUCAAUAAGUCACCCAAGAAAUCCAAAAAGAAGAAAAGGAGGGACAGCAAAAAGAAAAAGAAAACAAAAUCCAAGAAACAAGAGGAGGAACCAUCCGAAUCUGAAGCAAACGAUGAAGAGGGAGAGCGAUCCGAAGUCGACAUGCUCAUUCAAGAUUUUGCCGAUGCGUUGGGGGAGUCCACUCGGUCAACUCGCACCGAAGGAGGGGAAUCAAAGAAGAAGAAAAGUAAGAGCAGAAGCAAGACUGUUAGCAGUGACAGUAGAUCCAAGAAGAAGAAGAAGAAGGAAACGAAAAAUAAGCCAUCGGAUCUAGACAUCUCUCCCGAAUCGAACGAUUCUUCUGAUGGCUUCUGGUCACUAUCUGCACCUUCUUUGUUUGACUCAAAACCCACGACUUCUUCGCCUUCCAAGAAGAAGAAGAAAUCCAAAAAGGACUCAACAGGUUUGAAAUUAAAAGCUGAUUCACUUCGAGUCAGUACCAAGAAGAACAACCCUGUCACGCAACUUGCUGCCACAUGUCUUCACCGCAUAAGAGCUCCAUGA